UAUAUAGAGAACAAUAUCAUCAUAUCAAUACCUCUUUCAUAGUUCAGAUCAUUUAGGAUUCCAAAAUGGGAAACUGCUUGUUAGGGGGAAUGUCAGAACCUGAAGGAGUAAUCAAAGUGAUAACAGCAAAUGGUGGCAUCAUGGAAUUCACUGCACCAGUAACAGUGAAUUUCAUCACCAAUGAGUUCCCAGGGCAUGCCAUUUUCCCAAGCCAUGACCUCUUCUGGAAGCCAUUGUCAUCAUUAGAUGAGCUUGAACCAGGUCAGUCAUACUACUUGCUCCCAAUCAGCAGCAACAACAAUAACAAAGAAGCUGAAGAAUACCCUUUUGCCACGGCCACGGCCGGCUGCAGUAUCGUCCGGCAAGGCCACGUCCGCUCUCGCAGUGUUCCUACAACUCCUCAUCCUCCUCCAUAUAGAAUGUCAUUGGACUAUCAGCACCAAAAAGGAGCAGGGUUGCUCAAAACAAGAAGAAUCUCCAAAGAAAACUUCUCUUGCAAGAAACUGACUAGUAAGAACAGUACUAGUACUAAUAGCAGUAGCUGUAGGUUCUGGAAAGUGAAGCUGGCGAUUACGCCGGAGCAGUUGCUGGAGAUUUUGUCACAAGAGACUAGGACCAAGGAAUUGAUGGAGAGUGUGAGGAUUGUGGCAAAAUGUGGUGGGGUUUCAUCUUGUGCAGGUUCUGCAGCAGCAAGCAUAGUUUCUGAAGAUUGGAGCCAUUCAAGCAGUGGUAGAAGUGUUAAUUCCUCUAAGAUUGAUGCUUUAGUACUAGACAUUUAACUACAGCUACAAAAGCACCUAUGCUUCCUCAUGUAUUUUUUUCUUUUUUUGGAUAGAAUUUAGUUUAGAAAUACAACUUAUUCUCAAAUUUUAUGCCAUGUUGUACAAUC